UUCAGGGGGUAUUCAAGGCACCGCGGCUUCCUACGAGGGCCCUCUUUCGCUCGAGUCUGCAUUGCUCGCGCUCACGCACCCUCUGUGCCGUUGCUUGCACGCCCUCUCGUCUUUCACCAUGAGUAAGGUUCACGGAUCCUUGGCCCGUGCCGGGAAGGUGCGUGGUCAGACUCCCAAGGUCGCGAAGCAGGACAAGAAGAAGAAACCGAAGGGUCGUGCUCACAAGAGGAUGCAGUACAACCGUCGGUUUGUGACUGCAGUUGUUGGAUUCGGCAAGAAGAGGGGUCCCAAUUCAUCUGAGAAGUAGAGUGUGAUGUUGCCUAUUCAACGUGGCAUGCCAUGGGCUAGGUUCGCAAUCAUGGUCUACGUAGUUUAAUUCCAGCGGCUGUUAUGUUUCCGACCUUAGAAGGAAAUCAUAUAACAUGAUCAUAUCAAGGAAAUUUGUCCUUGAUUUCAUGUAGCUUGGUUGAAGUCUGGCAUUUUGAUUAUCAUGAUUUCAUUUGACUGGUUUUCAACCUCUAUCCUUGUGUUAAUGCCGAAAUUAUUUAAAGUUUUCGGAAAUUCGCACUGAACCAUGAAACAAUCUUUGUUGCGUUCUUUUUC